CAGAAAGGAUUCUGCCUUGUCCUCCAGGAUCCGAUGGCCCUGGAGAGAGGGCUGCAGGGCCCAGGGACACUGCUGACUCUUCAGAACGUGCUGACAUGGAGCCAGGUAGACUGAAAUUACCAUGUGUCCAAAUUAAAAUUGCAUACUUGAAGGAUUAUUUGAAGGACUAUUCUUAGACCCUUUUAAGAAGAUUUAAAGAAAAACCACUCGGCCCUGAGUGCCGCGAGGACCCUGUUCGUGGAUGUGGAGGAGUGCGGGCCGGAGGCCAUGGACGUGAAGGAGAGAAAGCCGUACCGCUCGCUGACCCGGCGCCGCGACGCCGAGCGCCGCUACACCAGCUCGUCGGCGGACAGCGAGGAGGGCAAGGUUCCGCAGAAGUCCUACAGCUCCAGCGAGACCCUGAAGGCCUACGACCAGGACGCGCGCCUGGCCUAUGGCGGCCGCGUCAAGGACAUGGUGCCGCAGGAGGCCGAGGAGUUCUGCCGCGCAGGAGCCAACUUCAGCCUGCGGGAGCUGGGGCUGGGAGAGGUGACACCCCCUCACGGGACCCUGUACCGGACAGACAUAGGCCUCCCGCACUGCGGCUACUCCAUGGGGGCCAGCUCUGACGCCGAUGUGGAGGCCGACACCGUGCUGUCCCCUGAGCACCCCGUGCGGCUGUGGGGCCGGAGCACACGGUCGGGGCGCAGCUCCUGCCUGUCCAGCCGGGCCAACUCCAACCUCACGCUCACCGACACGGAGCACGAGAACACCGAGACCGAUCACCCAGGCGGCUUGCAGAACCACCCGCGGCUCCGGACACCGCCGCCGCCGCUCUCGCACGCCCACACCCCCAACCAGCACCACGCGGCCUCCAUCAACUCCCUGAACAGGGGCAACUUCACUCCGAGGAGCAACCCCAGCCCGGCCCCCACGGACCCCUCGCUCUCGGGAGAGCCCCCCGCCGGCGGCGCCCAGGAGCCGGCCCACGCCCAGGACAACUGGCUGCUCAACAGCAACAUCCCCCUGGAGACCAGAAACCUAGGCAAGCAGCCAUUCCUAGGGACAUUGCAGGACAACCUCAUUGAGAUGGACAUUCUCAGCGCCUCCCGCCAUGAUGGGGCUUACAGUGACGGGCACUUCCUCUUCAAGCCAGGAGGCACCUCGCCACUCUUCUGCACCACGUCGCCAGGGUACCCUCUGACGUCCAGCACGGUGUACUCCCCCCCGCCCCGGCCCCUGCCCCGCAGCACCUUCGCCCGGCCGGCCUUCAGCCUCAAGAAGCCCUCCAAGUACUGUAACUGGAAGUGUGCGGCCCUGAGCGCCCUUGUGCUCUCCGCCACGCUGGUCAUCCUGCUGGCGUACUUCGUGGCCAUGCACCUGUUUGGCCUAAACUGGCACCUGCAGCCGAUGGAGGGGCAGAUGUAUGAGAUCACGGAGGAUACAGCCAGCAGUUGGCCUGUGCCAACGGACGUCUCCCUGUAUCCAUCAGGGGGCACUGGGUUAGAGAUCCCUGACAGGAAAGGCAAAGGAGCCACAGAAGGAAAGCCCAGUAGUUUCUUUCCAGAGGACAGUUUUAUAGACUCUGGAGAAAUCGACGUGGGGAGACGGGCUUCCCAGAAGAUUCCUCCUGGCACUUUCUGGAGAUCUCAGGUGUUCAUAGACCAUCCUGUGCAUCUGAAAUUCAAUGUGUCUCUGGGAAAGGCAGCUCUGGUUGGCAUUUAUGGCAGAAAAGGCCUUCCUCCUUCACAUACACAGUUUGACUUUGUAGAGCUGCUGGAUGGAAGAAGGCUCCUGACCCAGGAGGCACGGAGCCUGGAGGGACCCCAGCGCCAAUCUCGGGGAGUCGUCCCCCCAUCUAGUCAUGAGACCGGCUUCAUCCAGUAUUUGGAUUCAGGAAUCUGGCACCUGGCUUUUUACAAUGACGGAAAGGAGUCUGAAGUGGUUUCUUUUCUCACCACUGCCAUUGAGUCAGUGGAUAACUGUCCCAGCAACUGCUAUGGCAACGGGGACUGCAUCUCUGGGACCUGCCACUGCUUCCUGGGCUUCCUGGGCCCCGACUGUGGCAGAGCCUCCUGCCCCGUGCUGUGUAGUGGAAACGGCCAGUACAUGAAGGGCCGGUGCCUGUGCCACAGCGGCUGGAAGGGCGCUGAGUGCGACGUGCCCACCAGCCAGUGCAUCGACGUGGCCUGCAGCAACCAUGGCACCUGCAUCAUGGGCACCUGCAUCUGCAACCCCGGCUACAAGGGCGAGAGCUGUGAGGAAGUGGACUGCAUGGACCCCACGUGUUCAGGCCGGGGUGUGUGUGUGAGAGGCGAGUGCCACUGCUCCGUGGGAUGGGGAGGCACCAACUGUGAGACGCCCAGGGCCACGUGCUUGGACCAGUGUUCGGGCCACGGAACCUUCCUCCCAGACACCGGCCUUUGCAGCUGUGACCCAAGCUGGACAGGACACGACUGUUCUAUCGAGAUCUGUGCUGCCGACUGUGGGGGCCACGGUGUCUGCGUGGGGGGCACCUGCCGCUGCGAAGAAGGCUGGAUGGGGGCGGCCUGCGACCAGCGGGCCUGCCACCCACGCUGUGCCGAGCACGGGACCUGCCGCGACGGCAAGUGUGAGUGCAGCCCCGGCUGGAACGGCGAGCACUGCACCAUCGCGCACUAUCUGGAUAGGGUAGUUAAAGAGGGUUGCCCUGGCUUGUGCAAUGGCAAUGGCAGAUGUACCCUGGACCUGAAUGGCUGGCACUGCGUCUGCCAGCUGGGCUGGAGAGGAGCGGGCUGUGACACAUCCAUGGAAACUGCCUGUGGUGACAGCAAAGACAAUGAUGGAGAUGGCUUGCUGGACUGCAUGGACCCUGACUGUUGCCUCCAGCCCCUCUGCCAUGUCAACCCGCUGUGCCUGGGCUCCCCCGACCCUCUGGACAUCAUCCAGGAGACACAGUCCCCCGCGUCCCAACAGAACCUGCACUCCUUCUACGACCGCAUCAAGUUCCUUGUGGGCAGGGACAGCACGCACAUCAUUCCCGGGGAGAACCCCUUUGACGGAGGGCAUGCUUGUGUCAUUCGUGGUCAAGUGAUGACGUCAGAUGGGACCCCACUGGUUGGUGUGAAUAUCAGCUUCGUCAAUAACCCUCUCUUUGGAUACACAAUCAGCAGGCAAGAUGGCAGCUUUGACCUGGUCACAAACGGCGGCAUCUCCAUCAUCCUCCGGUUCGAGCGGGCACCUUUCAUCACACAGGAGCACACCCUCUGGCUGCCUUGGGAUCGCUUCUUUGUCAUGGAAACCAUCAUCAUGCGCCACGAAGAGAAUGAGAUUCCCAGCUGUGACCUGAGCAACUUCGCCCGCCCCAACCCUGUCGUGUCCCCAUCACCACUGACGUCCUUCGCCAGGUCCUGUGCAGAGAAAGGCCCCAUCGUUCCAGAAAUUCAGGCUUUGCAGGAGGAAAUCGCUAUCUCUGGCAGCAAGAUGAGGCUGAGCUACCUGAGCAGCCGUACCCCUGGCUACAAGUCUGUCCUGAGGAUCAGCCUUACCCACCCUACCAUCCCCUUCAACCUCAUGAAGGUGCACCUCAUGGUGGCCGUUGAGGGCCGCCUCUUCAGGAAGUGGUUUGCUGCAGCCCCAGACUUGUCCUAUUAUUUCAUCUGGGACAAGACAGACGUCUACAACCAGAAGGUGUUUGGGCUCUCGGAAGCCUUUGUUUCUGUGGGCUAUGAGUAUGAAUCCUGCCCAGAUCUGAUCCUCUGGGAAAAAAGAACAGCUGUGCUGCAGGGCUAUGAAAUCGAUGCUUCCAAGCUGGGAGGAUGGAACCUGGACAAACAUCAUGCCCUCAACAUCCAAAGUGGCAUCUUGCACAAAGGGAAUGGGGAGAACCAGUUUGUGUCUCAGCAGCCACCUGUCAUCGGGAGCAUCAUGGGCAAUGGGCGCCGGAGAAGCAUCUCCUGCCCCAGCUGCAAUGGCCUUGCUGAUGGCAAUAAGCUCCUGGCCCCCGUGGCCCUCACGUGUGGCUCUGACGGGAGCCUCUAUGUGGGAGACUUCAACUACAUCCGAAGGAUCUUCCCCUCUGGGAAUGUCACCAACAUCCUGGAGUUGAGAAAUAAAGAUUUCAGACAUAGCCAUAGCCCAGCACAUAAAUACUACCUGACCACGGACCCCAUGAGCGGGGCUGUCUUCCUCUCGGACACCAACAGCCGGCGGGUCUUUAAGAUCAAGUCCACCGUGGUGGUGAAGGACCUUGUCAAGAACUCCGAGGUGGUCGCGGGGACAGGUGACCAGUGCCUCCCCUUCGAUGACACUCGAUGCGGGGAUGGUGGCAAGGCCACCGAGGCCACACUUACCAACCCCAGAGGCAUCACGGUGGACAAGUCUGGGCUGAUUUACUUCGUGGAUGGCACCAUGAUCAGACGCAUUGAUCAGAACGGGGUCAUCUCCACCCUGCUGGGCUCCAAUGAUCUUACCUCGGCCCGGCCGCUCAGCUGUGACUCCGUCAUGGAUAUUUCUCAGGUUCGCCUAGAGUGGCCCACCGACUUAGCCAUCAACCCGAUGGACAACUCCCUCUACGUCCUUGACAACAAUGUGGUCCUGCAGAUCUCUGAAAACCACCAGGUGCGCAUCGUCGCUGGGAGACCCAUGCACUGCCAGGUCCCCGGCAUUGACCACUUCCUGCUGAGCAAGGUGGCCAUCCACGCAACCCUGGAGUCAGCCGCUGCCUUGGCUGUCUCACACAAUGGGGUCCUGUACAUUGCCGAGACCGACGAGAAGAAGACCAACCGCAUCAGGCAGGUCACCACCAGCGGAGAGAUCUCCCUGGUUGCGGGGGCCCCCAGUGGCUGUGACUGUAAAAACGAUGCCAACUGUGACUGUUUCUCGGGAGACGCCGGCUAUGCCAAGGACGCAAAGCUGAAUACGCCAUCUUCCUUGGCUGUGUGUGCCGACGGGGAACUCUAUGUGGCUGACCUGGGGAAUAUCCGAAUUCGGUUUAUCAGGAAGAACAAGCCCUUUCUCAACACCCAGAACAUGUAUGAGCUGUCCUCGCCCAUUGACCAGGAGCUCUACCUGUUUGAUACCAGUGGAAAGCAUCUGUACACCCAAAGUCUGCCCACGGGCGACUACCUGUACAACUUCACCUACACGGGGGAUGGCGAUGUCACACUCAUCACUGACAACAACGGCAACAUGGUGAACGUCCGCCGGGACUCUACCGGGAUGCCCCUCUGGCUGGUGGUCCCAGAUGGCCAAGUGUACUGGGUGACCAUGGGCACCAACAGCGCACUCAAGAGCGUGACCACACAAGGACAUGAGUUGGCCAUGAUGACAUACCAUGGCAACUCUGGCCUUCUGGCAACCAAAAGCAAUGAAAAUGGAUGGACAACAUUUUACGAGUACGACAGCUUUGGCCGCCUGAUGAAUGUGACCUUCCCUACUGGCCAGGUGAGCAGUUUCCGAAGUGAUACAGACAGCUCAGUGCAUGUCCAGGUAGAGACCUCCAGCAAGGAUGAUGUCACCAUAACCACCAACCUGUCUGCUUCGGGUGCCUUCUAUACACUGUUGCAAGACCAGGUCCGGAACAGCUACUACAUCGGGGCUGACGGCUCCCUGCGGCUGCUGCUGGCCAAUGGCAUGGAGGUGGCGCUGCAGACCGAGCCCCACCUGCUGGCGGGCACCGUCAACCCCACCGUGGGCAAGAGGAACGUCACGCUGCCCAUAGACAACGGCCUGAACCUGGUGGAGUGGCGGCAGCGCAAGGAGCAGGCUCGGGGCCAGGUCACUGUGUUCGGGCGCCGGCUGCGGGUUCACAACCGGAACCUCCUGUCCCUGGACUUUGACCGUGUGACCCGCACCGAGAAGAUCUAUGAUGACCACCGCAAGUUCACUCUCCGGAUCCUGUAUGACCAGGCAGGGCGGCCCAGCCUCUGGUCACCCAGCAGCAGGCUGAACGGUGUCAACGUGACGUACUCCCCCGGGGGCCAUAUUGCUGGCGUCCAGAGAGGCAUCAUGUCGGAGAGGAUGGAAUACGACCAAGCAGGUCGUAUCACAUCCAGGAUCUUCGCUGACGGGAAGACGUGGAGCUACACAUACUUAGAGAAGUCCAUGGUGCUGCUCCUCCACAGCCAGAGGCAGUAUAUCUUUGAGUUCGACAAGAACGACCGCCUCUCCUCCGUGACGAUGCCCAACGUGGCCCGGCAGACCCUAGAGACCAUCCGGUCCGUGGGCUACUACAGGAACAUCUACCAGCCACCCGAGGGCAACGCCUCAGUCAUCCAGGACUUCAGCGAGGACGGGCACCUCCUCCACACCUUCUACCUGGGCACCGGCCGCAGGGUCGUCUACAAGUAUGGCAAACUGUCAAAGCUGGCUGAGAUGCUGUAUGACACCACCAAGGUGAGCUUCACCUAUGACGAGACAGCAGGCAUGCUGAAGACCAUCAACCUACAGAACGAGGGCUUCACCUGCACCAUCCGCUACCGCCAGAUUGGGCCCCUGAUCGACCGCCAGAUCUUCCGCUUCACCGAAGAAGGCAUGGUCAAUGCUCGUUUUGACUAUAACUAUGACAACAGCUUCCGGGUGACCAGCAUGCAGGCUGUGAUCAAUGAGACCCCGCUGCCCAUCGAUCUCUAUCGCUAUGAUGACGUGUCAGGCAAGACAGAGCAGUUCGGGAAGUUUGGGGUCAUCUACUAUGACAUUAACCAGAUCAUCACUACGGCGGUCAUGACCCACACCAAACACUUUGACGCGUAUGGCCGGAUGAAGGAAGUGCAAUAUGAGAUUUUCCGCUCCCUCAUGUACUGGAUGACUGUCCAGUAUGACAACAUGGGGCGAGUAGUGAAGAAAGAGUUGAAGGUGGGACCCUAUGCCAAUACCACCCGCUACUCCUAUGAGUAUGACGCUGACGGCCAGCUCCAGACGGUCUCCAUCAAUGACAAGCCACUCUGGCGAUACAGCUAUGACCUCAAUGGGAACCUGCACUUACUGAGCCCCGGGAACAGUGCGCGGCUUACCCCACUAAGGUACGACCUCCGAGACCGCAUCACUAGGCUGGGUGACGUGCAGUACAAGAUGGACGAGGAUGGCUUCCUGAGGCAGCGGGGCGGGGAUGUCUUCGAGUACAACUCUGCUGGCCUGCUCAUCAAGGCGUACAACCGGGCCGGUGGCUGGAGCGUCAGGUACCGCUACGAUGGCCUGGGGCGGCGGGUGUCCAGCAAGAGCAGCCCCAGCCACCACCUGCAGUUCUUCUAUGCAGACCUGACCAACCCCACCAAGGUCACCCACCUUUACAACCACUCCAGCUCCGAGAUCACAUCCCUCUACUACGAUCUGCAGGGGCAUCUCUUUGCUAUGGAGCUGAGCAGUGGUGACGAGUUUUACAUAGCUUGUGACAACAUCGGGACCCCUCUUGCUGUCUUCAGUGGAACAGGCUUGAUGAUCAAGCAGAUUCUGUACACGGCCUACGGGGAGAUCUACAUGGACACCAACCCCAACUUCCAGAUCAUCAUCGGCUACCACGGUGGCCUCUACGAUCCACUCACCAAGCUCAUCCACAUGGGCCGGCGGGAUUAUGACGUGCUGGCUGGUCGCUGGACCAGCCCAGACCACGAGCUGUGGAAGCACCUUAGUAGCAGCAACAUCAUGCCUUUUAAUCUCUACAUGUUUAAAAACAACAACCCCAUCAGCAACUCUCAGGACAUCAAGUGCUUCAUGACAGAUGUGAACAGUUGGCUCCUCACCUUUGGAUUCCAGCUACACAACGUGAUUCCCGGCUACCCCAAGCCAGACAUGGAUGCCAUGGAACCAUCCUAUGAGCUCAUCCACACACAGAUGAAAACUCAGGAGUGGGACAACAGCAAGUCUAUCCUUGGGGUACAGUGUGAAGUGCAGAAGCAGCUCAAGGCCUUCGUCACCCUGGAACGUUUUGACCAGCUCUACGGCUCCACGAUCACCAGCUGCCAACAGGCCCCCGAGACAAAGAAGUUUGCAUCCCGUGGCUCGGUUUUCGGCAAGGGGGUCAAGUUUGCCUUGAAGGAUGGCCGAGUGACCACAGACAUCAUCAGUGUGGCCAACGAGGAUGGGCGGAGGGUCGCUGCCAUCUUGAACAAUGCCCACUACCUAGAGAACCUGCACUUCACCAUUGACGGGGUGGACACCCACUACUUCGUGAAGCCAGGGCCUUCAGAAGGCGACCUGGCCAUCCUGGGCCUCAGUGGGGGGCGGCGAACCCUGGAGAAUGGGGUCAAUGUCACCGUGUCCCAGAUCAACACGAUGCUCAAUGGAAGGACUAGACGCUACACAGACAUCCAGCUCCAGUACGGGGCGCUGUGCUUGAGCACUCGCUACGGGACGACGUUGGACGAGGAGAAGGCACGGGUGCUGGAGCUGGCCCGGCAGAGAGCCGUGCACCAGGCGUGGGCCCGUGAGCAACAGCGACUUCGGGAAGGGGAGGAAGGCCUGAGGGCCUGGACGGAGGGGGAAAAGCAGCAGGCACUGAACACAGGGCGGGUUCAAGGCUAUGAUGGCUUCUUCGUCAUCUCCGUGGAGCAGUACCCAGAACUGUCAGACAGCGCUAACAACAUCCACUUCAUGAGACAGAGCGAGAUGGGCCGGAGGUGA